UGCCGGAGCCCCUGAGCGGCCCAGCUCCGGCAGCGGGAAUGCGCAGGCAGGAUCCGGGCUCUGUUGCCCACUAGGCAUCCGCCGCGCCCGAGCUCUUCCUCACGGGACACAGUAUCCCGCUGCGAGCGCGAUGGGAACCACGGAGGCCACACUGCGGAUGGAGAACGUGGACGUGAAGGAGGAGUGGCAGGACGAAGACUUCCCCAGACCUCUCCCGGAAGAAACAGGAAUGGAGUCACUGGGCAGCCCUACGGAGGAUGAAAACACAUCCUCUCCCCCCAAUACUUUGAACUUUAAUGGGGCGCACCGUAAGCGCAAGACCCUUGUUGCACCUGAAAUCAACAUUUCCCUGGACCAGAGCGAAGGCUCCAUCCUCUCUGAUGACUUCUUGGAUACACCAGAUGACCUGGACAUUAAUGUCGAUGAUAUUGAAACACCUGAUGAGACAGAUUCCCUUGAAUUCCUGGGAAAUGGGAACGAACUGGAAUGGGAAGAUGACACUCCCGUGGCCACAGCCAAGAACAUGCCUGGGGACAGUGCAGACCUGUUUGGGGACAGCGGAGCAGAAGAUGGGAGCGCUACCAAUGGACGGCUCUGGAGAACAGUCAUCAUCGGAGAGCAGGAACACCGCAUCGACCUGCAGAUGAUUAAACCUUACAUGAGGGUGGUGACGCACGGAGGCUACUAUGGAGAAGGUCUCAACGCCAUCAUUGUCUUUGCUGCCUGCUACCUCCCAGACAGUAACCUGGCUGAUUACCACUACAUCAUGGAGAAUCUCUUCUUAUAUGUGAUCAGCAGCUUGGAGCUGUUGGUGGCUGAGGACUACAUGAUUGUGUACCUAAAUGGAGCAACGCCACGGAGGAGAAUGCCAGGCCUUGGCUGGCUGAAGAAAUGCUAUCAGAUGAUAGACAGAAGACUGCGCAAAAACCUCAAAGCGCUGAUAAUCGUGCACCCAUCGUGGUUCAUCCGGACAGUGCUGGCCAUAUCCAGGCCCUUCAUCAGCGUGAAGUUUAUCAAUAAGAUCCAGUAUGUUCACAGCUUGGAGGAACUGGAGCAACUCAUCCCCAUGGAGCACGUGCAGAUCCCAGACUGCGUCUUACAAUAUGAAGAAGAGAGAAUCAAGGCAAGAAAAGAAAGGGCGGAAGAGAAACAAGACAUGGCUGAGAAGGAAAGCAGGCCUGUGCCCCCAGCAGCGGAGGACCAGGAAACCAGCAUGUCCUGAAGCAAAGUGCGGCGGAGCGGCUGGAGCAGGAGCACGACGCAGCCUGGCAGCCACCCACGUUACUGACCUGUCGGUGUAAGACCUUGUCGCCAUCUCAUGCCAGGUUCCGUAAGCUGCCUCCCUUGCCCCGGAGAUGCAAAGUCCUUGCAAUGUUUUGAAAACCGUUUUACUGAAAAACAAAACAAAACAACAAAGCUAAGAACAGCACUUUUCAGGACAGGUCCCAGCGUGUUUCGGUAACAGUCUGUGGAGGGCUGUAAGUAGCACGAAUAGAUACCAUAUUUCCUCUUAGCAAGUUAAGAGCGUCCUGUAGUCCAUUAGUCAUCAGCCCAGAAAGAGAUAUAUUUUUUGUUUAAAUUAUAAACCCUUCCCCUAACUUGCUGCUGGCCAGCACGAAGACAUUUUGCUUUAAAUUGCACACCACUUUCCUCUGCGGAGACAUUACGACAGCCGUCGCCUCAGAAAAUAACUAACGUGGGAAAGGCAAAAAGUGCAUUUUUGCCCUUUUUGGAUUCGGUGUUUGUUUGUCCCCAUGAAUACCAGGUGAGCACUGGUCCACACACCCCUGCCAGCCUUGGCAUCCCCAGUUGAUCCACUGUCAGCCCAGCUUUGAUAGCAACUCAUAGUGAACUCUUCCUAUGAGUAAAUGACCCACUUUUCAUCUCGUCCUGUCCUGGUUUGUGAAGCUCUCUGAUACUUCUGAGAGAGGGUCCCAUAUAGCACGGCAGCCUCUGCAGAACCUUCUUAGGAGCAUAUUCUCACACCAACGCACACAUACACCAGAAAGGUCUGGUUUUAAGAAGGAGCCUUACGGGCAGGAAAGCUUUUCAUCUCAUCUUUACAUAGAGCUCGUGAUACCGGACAAUCAUUCACUGUUAAUACCUCCUCUUGCAGAGACAAGCUGCUAAAUGUUUGAAAUUUUCCACUUUCUGUCCCUGGGUAAUGAGGGUCUCAUCUAAAAGACGCUUUCACCUGGGCAAACCCCGGGUGGAGAAUGCUGCAGAUAGGAGGCAGGACAUUACAUCUGGGCUCAGCUCCACAGCUAUCCAAGAGAUGCAGAUGCAACCCUGGGAUUCUGCAACUUGGUCUUUGGGCAUCCAGGAGGAUUUCUGUGAGCAAAAGAGAGAAGAUAUUCUGAGAAGCAGCAAAUCCAAAAAGGUCUUCUGCAAGCCCCGAUCUCACCAGAGCCAGUCUACGUGAACUGUCUCACAUGCCCCAGGAAAAAACCCUUCGCAGAAGUGUGCAGAUGAAGAACAGAUUCCCCCUGUUUAGGAAUAUAAUAAACCUGGCGCCUCUGAUUCGUGGCUGUCUGCAAUGACCACUUGGCUUUGAAAUUCCCCAGGGGAUCAUUCAGGCAAAGCAAAGCAAAGCUUUACCUCAACUUGGGCAUCUCCUCUCUGUAUACACAAGCAUCUCUCCCUUCUUUUUUUUUCCUUCUUUCUUCUUCUUUUUCUUUUUCCCACUUUCACUUCAAUGCAAAAUGCUGUCAUAGAUUAUAUCUUUCCAGGAUGCUACAAAGGAGCACAAAAUCUGCUCCCUUUGCAGACUUUUUGCUAUAUGUUUUUUUUUCCCCCAUCUCCUGAGUAGACAGAUCUUAGUGGGAAACAUAGCCCUUCACUCAUGGAUGUAUUUAUGGAAUAGAAUUUUGCAUGAAAAGAGAGAACGGCAUCCAUAGCAUUAACCCCAGCAGCUGAAGAUGGCAAAAGCUGCAUAUUCCAUCUCACCAGCAUGUUAAUGAGUACCAAGCAAGCAUCGAUUCACCCAACUUCGGGAUUUCAUUCCGAGCCAGUUACUGGCAAUGCAAAUUAAAGGCUAUUAUCAAUAAAAAAAGAAAAAGAGAAUAGUUAAAAAAUCAGCACUUCAGCCCUUCGGAGCGCAGGUUUUUGCUGAGCAAACCCUCCAAAAAGGCGUUUGUACAAACGGGCAGCGGGCAUCUGCUCCGAGCCAGGAGCAGCAGUUGGACGCUCCACAUGGCUCUGCCAGGCAGACUAAGCAACCCGCUUAGACCAAGAGCAAAACGUUUCUCCCGGUUAAACAAACUGCAGCUCAGACUCACACACCUCCUUCUAACACCAAGUGUGGGACUUGACGGUCUCUCUUGGGUAGUCCUUAAGCCCAGAUUUUCUCUUGAGACUGGUUCCGCGCAUUGCCAUUAAGUCGUCUGCUGUGCUUUUCACGAAGGCAUGCAAGAUGCUGUAUCAUUUUGAGCGGGGAAAGGGAAUUUUAAAAUCAUAUAGUGAACAAAGUUGGUAGAGUAUUUACUAGAUGUUUAAGAGUACAAUCCUAGAAACCUUUUUUUAGAUUUUUUUUUCUUUUUUUUGAAUCUGUAUUGACUAAACACUUCAGUGAAAAACGUUCACAACAUAACCAGUCUGGAAAAUGUUGCUGUUGUGGAGCGUAUGCACAAGGAAGAUAAAAAAUCCAGAUUACUUUUAUAUUAUUUCUUGAUCCUGACUAGGAACCAUAUCA